AUGAGCGGCUUGUUGCCAGGAGACCUUGCUCAUUGGGGCACUAAAGCAUCUGGCGGCUGGUGGAACGAGUUGGUCGCAGUCGGCCUGUUCGCAAUCCUAGUCGGUAUUUUCUUGAUUGUUCUGAAUCGUGUGAUCGCGAAGAAGGAAGAGGACGAUCUCGAGGAAUACGUACAACGGCAACUCACCAGAUCCCGAUCAGGACAUCGAUUGGAGCGGGAUGUAGAAACCGGUGGACUGACCACUCGCCACGCCAGACGGGCGAAACAGAUGAGACAGGUGUCAUCGGACACAUGCCUUGAGAUCAAGGAUAAUGGCAAGGUCGACGGUGGCGGUUCGCCGCCACGGAGCCCACCGCCGGCGUAUACGCCGCAGGUCGCGAUCAACGACGACAAUCAGUCGACGGUCCAGUCGGCACUGUACCUGGAGCAGAUUACCGAGGAAGAAAUCAUCAGCGACCGUGUCGAGACCUCGACCACUAAUAGUCUCAGCCCAAGCUCGCCCAGCGAGACCCGAGAGUUGCUGCAAAAUGCGCGAUACUCGAAGCAGAAUGGAAACCCGCAGCAGGUUCAUCGGCCGCUUUACGUCUCUAAGAUCUAG